AUGGAACCCCAAGGGCCCUCACAACCCUCCCAGCAAACCGGCUACAACCAACCCACCAACCCCUCCACCCAAACCGCCUCUGAGAAAUCCCAAUCUCACGACCCAUCCGGCUCCUCCGGACCACCAAUUGAUCGCCGUCAAGCCCACGAUGUCCCCUCGAGUCACACCAGCGACGCAACCCCGUCUUCCCUUGGCCGAGGCGACACAGGCUCCCUCAAAACGAAAGACACCUCCGUCUCUGACGCGCAGAACUACUCAAAAUCCGAGCUCGAAGGCGAGCAGAUGCGCCCCCCAGGCGAGGGAGACGUUGCGUCCGCGGUGACAGAGAAGAGGUUUGGCGGUCAUGGCGAGGAGGAGGGGUUAAUGCAGAACAUGGAUGAAAAGACCAAGGCGCACAAGGAGGCACUGCAUGACAGAGGGGAGAAGACGGGGGCUGAGAUCGAGGAGGAGGGAAAGGAGGAUUGGACGGGAAAGAAAGGGAAUGUGGAUGUGGCAGAGGCGCUUGGAGGGAGGGGGACCGCCGUUGUGCUUGCUGCAGAGGAAUGA